CGGUCCUAGGUUUAGAAACAAUCUGUAUUUGAGGAGCAACGGGUCGGACGUGAUUAGAAACAGAGAGCUACUUCUUUCGCGACAACGUCGUCUCAGAGACCGUUUCGCACAAGUUACCCUUUGUUUUGUUCGUAAAUUUUCCCAACGAGGAAAACCGGAACGAUACCAUGGAACGAGUCACCGUUUGCUUCCUGUUGGCGAUAACUUCGGUCAUCGCUUUAGGGAUAGACGAAAAACGACCCUACGUGAAACAGUGUUCGAGAAAGGACCCGAAACUCAAGAAAUGUCUCAUCGAUGCCCUUCAUCAUUUGAGCCCGUACCUUCGCAACGGAAUACCCGAGAUCGAAUUACCCCCCGUCGAGCCAUUCAGGAUAGACGAACUAACGUUGUCGUUGACGGGUGGUCCGAACGGCUACAAGAUCCAACUCCGCGAGAUGGACAUCCUGGGUGCGAGUAAUUUCACGGUGAGAGACAUCAAUCUGGGUUCAACCUUCCAGGCGCUAAUAGAAAUACCGGCGCUUAUUUUGGACGCGCAUUAUUCGAGCUCGGGGAUUUUGAUAAUACUACCGGCGAGUGGUAACGGUACGUUUCACGGCCGUUUCGACGGAGUCCGGGCGGUCGUAACGGGUGCGGUCAGCACGAGUGACCGUAACGGCGGAACGUACAUGCACGUAGACAGGUUGAACAUCGAGCUCGCGGUGAGGGUCGUCAAUCUCCAGGUCUUCAAGAUAUUCAACAACAAUCGAAUUUUGACCGAGGCGAUAAAUCUUUUCCUCCGAGAGAACGGGCAGGAGGUACUGAAGGCGAUGGAACCGCAAUUGAAGAAAGAAUUGUCCGUACUUUUCUCAGCUAUAGUUAACCAAUUGCUGUUGAACGUACCCGUUCAAUCGUUUCUCAGCCCUUGAAACGCUCGCGAAGCUUGUUUCAGGACGUCUUCGAAAAAUUACAGCAGCGAAUCGUCCGUCUGUUCCGAUCUUUAUUUUCAUUUUUCAUUUUUCCUUUUUGUUUUUUUUUUUUGUUUUUGUUUGUUUUUUUUUCGCCUCUCCAAACUCUCAUUUCCGGGUGUACCUAUACCGAUUACCCCCCUCCCCCGUCAAAAAAAUACCGUUGACGGCGGCUGCUGGCCCUAGUUUUAUCGCUUUCGUACGUUGAGAUUUUAAGAAGAAUCUGCACGCGAGAGUGAAGUAGUUGGUUUGUAUUUUCUUGCAUUCACUUUCUAAUGCGCGUUAUAAUUCCAGUUGGCUAGAUCGAAGAAACGACGCUGUACGUACGGCUCAAUGAAAGUUACGCGAGAAUAAUAUACGUACCAGUGCGCACCCAGGUAAUAUCUAUUCCACCUAUAACAUGAUCGAUGAUUACCGCUAAUUUAAGUACGGUAUGUAACACGACGAAGUAUUAGUCAGCAGAUCAACCAUUCAUUAUGAUUAUUUUUUUACUCAAUUCUUCUCUUGCUGAUUCUUCUAUUUUUUUUUUUUUUUUUUUCUUCUUAUUAAUGUAUUCUCAUUAGCAUUUUAGAAUCUAGACGUGUAGGAUAUUAUACAAUAGAAUAGAGUAAUGUUUACCGCCGCCAAAUGUUAUAUAGGUAUAUGAAAUACUGAUUAAAAGUAAAAAUCUCUCAUUAUUCUUGUAUCAUACGUGUAAUUAUACAUAAAGUGUAUUGAAGUA